AUGCCUUCUGCUCAAGCUCUUCGUCUGUUGAGCCGCCCCGCUCUGGCCGUAAAAGCAUCAGGUGCUCGUGUCAGCGUGCGUCAAAGCCCCAUCCGCGCUGGACUGCGCGCAUUCUCCUCUUCAUCACCAGCUCUCGAUCCCAAGUACACCACGGCUGCAAAGGCGAGCGGCGCAGGCAGAAACGGAAAGACGGAGCUCGUAGAUGCCGGUGCUGGCAGUAUCUCGAGCGUCAAGCUGGCGAUGCCCAAGGAGCUCGGCGGGCAAGGCGAUGGCAACAACCCUGAACAGCUGUUUGCCCUUGGGUGAGUACUCAUGCGCACAUACGAUCGAUUCAUCCCCAUACAGUCGAGAUUGCUGCGCUGGCAUGCAUACAUACAAACCGAAAAGUGGGGAACUGGAAGGCUAAGCUUGUCUCGUACACCCCCACCCUUCCUCUCUCUGCGUGAUCCUAGCUACUCGGCCUGCUUUCUCUCCGCCCUACAACUUUACGGCCGAACCAACAAGCUCAGCGUGCCAGAUGAUCUUGCCAUCACUACACAAGUGACAAUCGCAAAGGAUGAUACCAGCUUCGGGCUGGCAGUCCAGAUCAAGGCCAAGAGCGACAAGGCGGACAAGUCGGAGCUCGAGAAGCUUCUCGAAGGCGCUCAUCAAGUCUGCCCGUGAGUCAUCAACCUUGCACGCCCGAUUGAAGCGUACAUGCGGCCAUGUUGUUCCUUUGCUUGGCCGCAGCAAGAGCAACCUUAACUAUCAAAAGCGCCUUGGGCGUCCGGCGCGAGGGUUCCCGCGAGGCGAUGCAAGGCGUGAUUUGGCGGCCUCCCACCUCACCGAAGCAAGCCCGUGACUACCGUUCACGAGGCAAGCAAGCGCUGACAUCUGGUGGUCUCUCUACCUUGGCUGAACCGGGUUCUCAUAGAUACUCCAAGGCAACCCGUGGUAACAUCCCCGUCGAGCUGCACGUCGAAUGA